AUGUCACCUGCAAGACAAGAUUACGAGAUCGCCGACGACGUCCCCGUACUGAUCAUCGGAGGCGGCCCAUGCGGUCUACUCCAGGCAUACUUACUUGCUCAGUUGGGAGUUAAAUCUCUGCUCUGCGAACGCUACCCAACACGACUCGACGCCCCGAAAGCCCACGCUCUGUCUCCAAGAACACUCGAGCUAUGUCGUCAGUUCGGCCUUGACGUAAACGAGAUCCGUUGUCUGGGCACCGACCGCCAAGAUGCAUUCUGGGUGAACUUCGUGACACAUCUGAGUGGGCAGCAGGUGGGACGGCUGCCUUAUGAGCGGAUGGAUCCGGGGGUUCUGGAUGAUACCCCUACGAUGAUCCACAACAUCCCGCAACCGGACUUUGAAGACUACGUGCGGAAGCAACUGGUGAAGAACCCCUUGGUAGAGAUGCGCAAGAAUCAUUCAUUCGUCAUGCUUGAGGAUUAUGGCGAUUAUGUCAUCGCAACGAUCGAGGAUCGUGCUACGCAGCGAGAAUACCAUGUCAAAUGCAAGCACCUGGUCGCUUGUGAUGGGGCCAAGAGCGCUGUCCGACGGUUUCUGGGGGUGGAGAGUCAGGGAGAGGACUCCUACGAGACGAUGAUGACCAUUCAUAUCAACGCUAAUCUCUACCCUAUCGUCAAAGACAGGGUGGGCAUGCUGCACUGGGUGAUGGACCCUGAGGUAUCAGGCUUCAUUAUCGGGUAUGACCUCGGAGGAAAUCAGGUGCUGAUUUGCAAUUUUGAUUCCCAAAAACACCCAGUGGAAUCCUGGAACGAGUCCCUCUGCCGCAAGACCGUCGACGCCGCCAUAGGCACCCACAUCCCCUACGACGUUCUGAGCUACCGACCCUGGAUCCUCAGCCGGAAAGUGGCCAAGUCCUAUCGCAUAAACCGCGUACUCCUAGCCGGCGACGCCGCCCACUCCUUCCCCCCAACCGGCGGCCUGGGCCUGAACAGCGGCCUGGGCGACGUCCACAACCUCGCCUUCAAACUCGCCGCCAUUCACCACGGCCACGCCGGCCCUGCCCUCCUUGACACCUACGAAUCCGAGCGCCGCCCCGUCGCGCUCGUCAACGCAGCCCAGAGCGUCAAAAACGGCCAACAGAUCUUCCGUCUGCUGAAGACGCUGGGCGCAACCGACCCGGACGUGAACGUCGCGCGUGAGAACCUCUAUUGCACCGUCGCCGACCCCGAACGUGCCUCGGCUGUGCACGAAGGCAUCGAAGGCCAGCGCGAGCACUUCGAUAACCUGGGUCUACACAUUGGGUAUGUGUACGGGGAGACCCGGGUUCCCGGCUGCGCUUCCGUCUACCAGGCAAAAUGUGUAUCGGGGGCGCGGAUCCCCCACGCGUGGAUUGAGCCUUCGAAGACCGUGACUGGUCAGCUGAUGGGGCCGAUUGAUUCGUCGUAUGUGGGGGAGUUGUCGGCGGAGGAGGUGGAGUGUAAGCGGUUUUCGGUAUUGGAUCUGUGCGCUUUCGAUGCGCUCACCCUGUUUGUCGAUAUAGAGCACGCGGAUCCGUGGAGAGACGUGAUCGAGAAGGCUGCGGACAUGCUUCCACCGGGUCUGAGGGUUGAUUUAGUCGCGAGGGGCAAGGAUUUCGAUCUUCAGCCUGGUGAGGCGGGAGAGAAGUGGUUGGGGCUGAUGAAGCUGGCGCAGGGCCGGGCGGUGUUGGUCCGUCCGGAUCAGCAUAUUCUGACGGUGUUUGGGGCUUGUCCAGAUGAUCCGAUGGAGGUAGUUGAUAUGCUGAGGGGGUAUCUCGCUUGGUAG